GCCAUAGUCGACACAGUGUACGGUGGGCGACCGUGCACGAUACACGUCCUUACCAUUUCAACCUUCACUCCGUUUCGUGUCCAGCACGAUAAUCAUUUCAAAUUGUCGUUUCCUACGGCAAAUUACAAAUGCAAUGUGCAGAAUUAUAGUCAAUUUACCUUUUAAUUUUUAUUCUUGAACUAACAGUGAUAUUUUUAAAUAAUAAAGUUUAAAUUGGAUUAAGUUAAGAUGAAGUUGUUAAUAUAUAUUUUAAUCGCAUUUGUUUUUGAUUAUGGAAAAGCUCAGAAACUAAACUUAUCUGCAGGCCCUAACACCGGUUACACAUUUCCAAAGGACUUCGUAUUUGGUGUAUCCACAGCCGCUGUGCAAAUUGAGGGGGCUUGGAAUGAAGAUGGAAAAUCAGAGAGUAUAUGGGAUCAUCUGGUACACAACAAUAAGAGCUUCGUCAAAGACGGUUCCAAUGCUGACAUCGCUGCGGAUUCAUACCAUCUGUACAAGCGGGAUGUCGAGAUGGUACACGAACUCGGUGUAGAUAUCUAUCGAUUCUCAAUCUCUUGGCCAAGAAUUUUGCCUUCUGGAUUUGCAAACAGUAUCAAUCCAUUGGGUAUUCAGUAUUACGAUAACCUUAUAAACGAACUAUUAAAGUAUAACAUUACGCCGAUGGUGACCAUAUAUCAUUGGGACCUUCCGCAGAAGCUGCAAGACAUUGGUGGUUGGACCAAUGCGCACAUAAUUGAUUACUACACAGAUUAUGCAAAUAUACUUUUCAAACAUUUCGCUCAUAAAGUCAAGUAUUGGGUCACUUUUAACGAACCAAUGCAGACCUGUUUAGAGGGUUAUGGAGGAACAUAUAGAGCACCAGCAUUAAACAGACAUGGUAUUGCGGAGUAUCUCUGCACUCACAAUUUACUAAAAGCUCACGCGAGUGUGUAUCAUUUGUUUAAAAGUAAUUUCAGCGAAACUGGAGGAAAAUUAGGUUUAUCUAUUGAUUCUAAUUGGGCAGAACCCAAAACAAAUUCGGAAAGUGAUAAGAAAGCGUCCGAUUUAUAUCUGAAAACACACAUGGGUUGGUAUGCUUAUCCUGUUUAUUCUGCCACUGGUAACUACCCUCCUGAAUUAAUACAACUGGUCAACGAGAAAAGUAAAGAGCAAAAUUACAGUUCUUCUCGACUACCAGUUUUUAGUAAAGAUGAAGUAGAAUAUAUAAGAGGGACAGCUGAUUUCUUUGGCCUAAAUCAUUAUACGACAUAUUUAUUAUCGAUGGCUGAUAAAGAAGUUGGAGCAAUACCAUCGCAUGAAAAUGACGUUGGCAUUGUUAGAGUACAAGAUCCAGACUGGCCUUCGUUGUCAUCUUCAACUUGGCUUAAGGUAGUGCCAAUUGGUUUCCGUCGACUGCUCCAAUACAUUACGAACACGUAUAAAAAUUAUUCUAUUAUUGUGACGGAAAAUGGAUAUGCUGAUUUUAGUGGUGUAGAGGAUAAGUCUCGAGUGUCAUAUUACAAACAUUAUCUGAAUGCCCUGCUUCAUGCCAUAAAUGAAGAUAAAAGUAAUGUCAUCGGUUACUUCGCGUGGAGUUUGAUGGAUAACUUUGAAUGGGAUGAUGGUUAUGUGUCCCGCUUCGGUCUGUAUCUGGUUGAUUUUGAAAGCCCUAAUAAAACAAGAACACCAAAGCAGUCGGCAAAGCUGUAUACAAGCGUGGUGGCGUCCAGGAAGUUGCCGGCCGACUUCGACUCACAAGACUUCACCGCAUUUUCAUCAGCUUCCAUCCUGGCCCCCACUCUUCUUCCCUCCCUACUUAUGUACAGAUUGUUAAAUUAAUCUAGCUGUACAUACAAUACUUGUAUAUAUAAAACUGUAUGUCUAACUAUCAUUAUAAUUUAAGUAACAAUA